AUGGACGGCAUUAAGGGGAAGCCCGCCAUGCUGAUGACAAGGGGCAUUAUGGAAAUGCGGCAGAAUCCUCCGGGACUUGUAUGCACCAUCCGUAGGUUUAAGCAUCCCACAACGCAGAAGGAGGUGACGCUGUACCCCAUCGUUAACUUUGCCGCACCGCAUUAUUUUAGACGAGUCCUGGAUGGUGAUAUCCUGGAAAGAAACUUUGACAAAGUUCUCUGUGAGGACGGUCGACUGCCCUUUGAGGCGGGAUCACGUUUGGCUCGACAACAGCAAAUGCUGAAACGCAUUUUUCCCUUCUUUGGACUUCGGCCGGUGACCAUCAAUGGCUGUAAAUUUGAUGGGAUUGUUCAGCGUGACCCAGUGGAGUCUCGUAUGGCGUAUCAGAUGAUCGUCGAUGGUGCCGAUCCGCCAGUGGACCCAAGGGCCCGGCGGGCCAUGGAGCGUAUCGAGACUUACCCGGAUGGUACGCGGGUGGUGUGUCCGUGGGGAGUGUAUCACUUAGUGUACAUGAACCACAAGCUUCGCCAGUUAGGGUAUAUAGUGGAAAGCGAGGAGGCAGUGGAGGUGGUGGGCUACAGGGAAGCCGCACUGGUCUUUGGUAUAUUGGCUGUAUUGACUUUUUGGAUGUCGUAUGCAAUUUUUAGAAUGGUUUUUGGGUAG